AUUAUUUAAGUUUCCAGAAUAUUCCUGAUUCGGAUAUGAGCUUGCAGAAUAAGAAGCCAUCAGAAAAAGACAAAGAGAUGACAUCGACUCCAGAUAGUAGUGUUCGGAAGAAGAGAGAUCGACUGAUCAGGAAGAAAAUCUACUCCUUUGCCCUGCUUUGUGGAUCCAUAAAAACACAGAAGGUGAAGAAGCGGGUACCAGAAGAGAAGAGAAAACCUCAAAGACGAGUUGGACAAAAAGAUCCAAAGGUGACCCAUCAGGAGUCAUGUUGUGGGAGGAUGGAGAGACCCCGGAGGAUGUGCCCCAAAUGUGAGAUAGUCAGCUGCCGAAAAUGUGACACUCUACAUGCUGACACCUUGUUCGUGGCUCAUAGUUUAUUAGAUCAUUAUGACAUCUAAGGAGAGACUUUAAACCCAUGCCAGGUAGGGUUGUAGAACCAUCUUUUAAAGUAUUAUAUAAUCAGUCCCUACAUUUACCAGUUGAUGGACCAACUCUUUCAGCAACUGAUUUUCAGAAGAAAGCUUACAGUAUACAGCAUCAUGUGUUAAACACACAAGACAGGCAUGUGUCCAUCCCUAGCAUAUGGUUUUCAACCUUCACUUCCAUAAUUCCUGGUUUGAAAAGGUUGAUAAAUUAUUUCUGCUUUCCAAAGAUUUUGGAAAUACCCAGACCUUUCCAGAAAAGUCAUUUAAUCAAGUAAAAACGUAUUGUGUUGUUUUUAUGUGAAUAAACCUUGACG